AUGGACCUCUACGAAAGGCUAGCUUCAUACGUCCCGACCGUACUGGUGGUCUCGGUCGUUUAUUGCGCCUCUGUUUCCUUCUAUCGCAUCUUUCUACAUCCAUUGGCGAAGGUACCAGGUCCGUGGCCCGCUGCUACUUCACAUCUCGUUGAAUUCUACUACGAUGUCCUGAGGGACGGACAAUAUAUUGCUAAGAUUAAAGAGUGGCACGGCGUAUACGGGCCAAUUCUGCGGAUUGGGCCUAAUGAAGUCCACUGCAAUGAUCCUAUGUUCAUUGACCAGAUUUACGCGGGCAGUGGGAGCGGGAAGAAGAGAGACAAAACAGUUCGAUUUUCCAACGCAAUUGGGUAUGCUGGACUCUGCACUAUUCCGCACGAUCUCCAUCGCCAACGCCGCGCCGUUUUGAACAAAUACUUCUCUGCGGCGUCUAUCCGGAAUAUCGAGCCUUUCAUUAAGGAGCGCCUGCAGAAGGUUUGCUAUCAUUUGGAUAAUUACUACUCGCGAGAGGGGAACGCUGCUAAUCUCUCCGAUGCGUUGUCCUGCGUGGCCAUCGACGUUGUAUCCGAAUUUGUCUUUGGCUUCAGCUAUAAUUACAGUGACAGCCCGAGCUUCUUGCCUAACAUCAACUCUGCCAUCGAUGGCUCCUCCUCGCUCAACCACCUCGCCGCGUUCUUUCCCUGGGUCCUGAAGCUGCUCAACAUGAUACCACAGCGCAUCAUCUUGAAGAUAAGUCCCGACCUGAAAGCGAUGCUUGAGUACAAGACAAAGCUCGAACACAGCGUCGACACAGUGCGCGAUGAGGCCUCGCUCAAUGCUGCGAAGAAGUCCCGCAUGGGUGCCACAAUCUUCACCGAAAUGCUCCAAAGCGACCUCCCCGAGUCCGAAAAGACCAAGCAACGCUUCAACGACGAAGCCUUCGCGCUAAUCGGUGCCGGCACGGAGACCGUCUCGACUGCCGCGUCUAUCGGUUCCUACUACCUACUCACACAGCCUGGGAUACUGGAUAAAUUGCUCCUUGAACUGGAGCACAAUAUUCCGGAUCCAGAUUCCAUCCCGGACUGGGUCACACUGGAGCAGCUGCCGUACCUUGGCGCUGUCAUCCAGGAGAGCUUGCGAUUGAGCUACGGGAUUGUGACAAGGUUGGAACGUGUCCCGCAUGAGCCAUUGGCGUACCACUGUAUGUUCAAGGAUAAACACGUCGACCUAGUUAUCCCGGCCGGUACUAUUAUUGGCAUGUCAAAUGGUGUUCAUCAUCAUAACGAAGACAUCUUCCCAGGUUCAUACUCGUUCAUCCCAGAACGCUGGCUGGAAGAGAACGGGAAAAGAAAGAGGGAACUCGAUGCGCAGCUCCUGAGCUUCUCCAAGGGAAGCAGACAAUGCAUCGGGAUCAACCUAGCCUAUGCAGAAAUGCACCUGUUCAUAGCGACGCUAUUCAGAAGGUUCGGAAGAAGAAUGCGGCUGGUAGAUACGAGUAAAAGCGAGGUGACGCUUGCGCGCGAUCACUACCUUCCUAAGAGGGAAUCAAACACUGGCGUGCGGGUUUGCAUCGGGUCUGCUUAG